AUGCGAUUCCAAGUAAUACAGCCCCUGAAAUACUUGCUAUUAGACCACCCCAACAUAGUAUGGUUCCGAUGGAGCCCUACCCAAUCAUGGGGCGCCACGUGGUCCUUUCUUGUCACAGCCAUCGUCGCCUACAUCACCGCCGCACUUACCCUCCACCUCAUCCUCAAAAUCUGUCGGCGCCGCCGUGCCAUCCCACUGGGGCCCAUCCCGGCAAUCCACAGCCUCGCCAUGUCCUUGAUCUCCGUCACCAUAUUCGCCGGCAUGCUCUUCUCCUCCGGCGCCGAAAUCCGUGACACACGGUGGCUAUUGCGGCGCACCAGAACCACCCCAAUUGAAUGGUUCCUCUGUUUCCCACUUGGUAUUCGUCCCUCUGGUCGUGUUUUCUUUUGGUCCUACGUUUUCUACCUCUCUCGCUUCCUCCACUUGUUGCGAACCUUCUUCAUCAUUCUCCGUCACCGGAAGCUAUCGUUUUUCAGGCUAUUCAACCACUCCAUUCUCUUGAUCACAUCAUUCCUCUGGCUUGAGUUUUCACAAUCGUUUCAAGUACUUGCCAUUCUGUUUUCAACGUUGGUUUCCUCAAUGGUUUAUGGGUAUAGAUUCUGGACGGAAACAGGGUUGUCGCAAAGCAAGAGCUUUUCUUUCACCGCGAAUUGCCAUAUGCUGUUGUUGUGUUGUAACUUGGUUUGUCACAUUGGGGUGCUUUUGUUGCAUUUUUUGAGAGGAGGGUGUAAUGGAAUUGGAGCUUGGGUCUUCAAUUCUGUGUUGAAUGCUGCUAUCCUUUUGUUCUUUUUGAAGUCUUAUGUGAACUUCUAUUGCCAACGGAAGAAUACUAGUUGUGCUACUCAUGGCUCAUCUUUGGAUUGUGUAGAUGAUUUGGCGAAGCAUGCAAGCCUUAUUGCUAAGUCAAAAACUUAG